AUGUCUGGCACAUUCACAAACUUAAAUAUCGAGAGCGGUUAUUUUAAUGAUGAAUUAAAAGAAGAAAAUAACGAGGCCAAUUUUAUGCAUACAAAUAUUAGUAUGUUAAUAAGAGCAUAUAAAAGAGAUAGAAAUAAACUAACCAUUUGGAAUAAAAAAUUAAAUCUUAUUAAAAUAGUUGGAUUUGUAUUAAGUAUUGAAGAAAAAAAAGAAUUUAUAAUUUAUACAAUUGAUGAUACUACAGGAUAUAUAAAAGCAAAAUAUCUUUUAACAUAUUCUUUUAAUUCCUCACAUGAAAAAAAAAAUGAUAUAAAAAUAAAUGAUAUAAUACAAAUAUUUGGGGUUUGCAAUACUAUUAGUAUAAAUGAGGAUUUAAGUAUAUCCAUAAGUUCUAUUAAUAAAUUGAAUUCAUUCAAUUAUUUAUGUCACCAUCAUUUGUUAGUAUUUCAUAAUUAUUUAAAAUAUUUAGAAGAUAAAAAAAAUAUAAAAGAAGACGAAAAAGUACAAUAUGACGAAGAUGAAAAUAGCAACACACAAAAUAAUGCCAACCCAUUCUUUAACUCAUUUUUCUAUUAA